UCCCAGAUAGUGAGAAGGAGGAAACAACCUCAUGCUCAGCAGAACUAAAGAGAAGAAAAUACCUUGAACUGGUGGAAAUAUCUCUGUCUGACAAAAUGCCAUCCAGAAGAAAAACAACCAUGUUUGCAUCUGCUUUUUUUACUUGCAUUUGCUCUUUUGUGAUAAUCUGUGUUGUGCUGGCAACCCAGCACUGGAUGAGCAGCAAGGUUCGCUUUUCUGGCACAAACUCCAGCAUUACCGUGAGUCUCACCUACGGACUUUUUAGCGGUACCUGUGAACAGUUCGUUGAUGUGGGACUUCAGGUUUCAGAAAGGACUUUCCAAGUUGCAGAUAACCUGAGCAACACCAAGGCGAAAAGCAUGAUCGUUGCGAUUAUCGUGAUUCUGGUUCUCAGUUUACUGAGUUCCCUUCUGAGUUCUGGAUUUACCUGCACUAACGCUGUCAGUAAUCCCUACCAGACGUUUUUGGGACCCACCGGAGUCUAUACCUGGAAUUCCUUAUGUGGAAUCUUCAUACUUAUAGCCAUGAUACUUUUCCCUGUGAACAUAGAAGAAAAUGGCCUGUCUGUAGAAUUGGCCUAUGGAUGUUUUUCUUUUCUGCAGACACAUAUCAAAUCUGAACACACUUAUGGAUAUUCAUAUUGGAUCAUGCUGCUCAUCAUUUUUCUGAACAUUACUUCUAUCAUCAUCAUAUAUUUCUAUGACCACGCAAGAUAUUCUAAGAAGAAAGAACAGGAAAGACCCAUUGAAAAUGCACCAAAAGAUGUCAUUCUCUUUUAAGGAUACCACUGAAAAGAGGAUGUAAAGAAAAAUGACUCUUUAAUAUGGACAAUCAUGGCUGAUCAUUUCCAUUCAAAUUGAAGCUGUGUAUAUAGUUCAAUUAACAAAAUAGCCUAUUGUGUCUUCAAAGCAGUUUGAUUUUAUCUUUAUGUUAGGUAUUAGUGAAAUACUUAUAAGCUCCCAUUGGUAAAUGUGCUGCCUGAACACCUCUGAGCAGAUAGGGCCCGAAGCACAUGAUGCC